AUGAGCUUUCCGCCUCUUCGCGAUCCGUUCGCUACCCCUGAUCCGACUCCUUCCCGCCCAGUUGAUCCAACACUUCCCAUCCAAGGCACUGACUCCGAUGCGCUUCUGUCUCGAUGGAGUGCUGUACAGACAGGGUAUCUACAUGAUCCAUAUAUUCAGCACUUCGUGCCAUUACGACAGCGUCGGUCGCAGCGCAGACCACCAGUGAUUAACCGUGGAACAUGGGUGCGGACAUUGGCUAUCGAUGCAUUAGUGGAGAGGUUUCUCGAGGUAACUGAAGAUAAGGAAAGGGCAGGUAGUGAGAUAAAGAGGCAGGUUGUCAGUUUUGGUGCUGGGAGUGAUACGCGAUAUUGGAGAUUGAUGGAGCGUUUGCGAAUCGAGAAACCCGGUAAAUCUCCAAAUGAACAGCCGAGAAUUGAUGCCUUCCGGUGGCACGAGAUUGAUUUCCCGAGUAUGAUCAAGAAGAAGGCAAAGACCAUUGCAACUACACCAGAUCUGUUAGCUCCUAUCCGAGGUACGGACGGUUUCGAGUCUGUUCAUAUCGACCAAUCGGCAGGAACAAUAGUAUCACCAUCAUACUGCCUACAUGCUUUGGAUCUGACAAAUCUGCCUUCGCUUGCGCCGAACGAUAUACCGAACCUGGAUCCAUCAUUACCGACCCUGUUCAUCAGCGAGUGCUGCCUUAUAUACCUGCCACCAGAUAAGGUGACAGGCAUAUUGAACUGGAUUACCGGGAACUUUGGGUCUGCAGGACUCCUAAUCUACGAGCCCAUUCUUCCUCACACGCACUUUGGUAAGAUGAUGACCCACAACCUAUCAUCACGAGAUAUCACUCUCAGAACCUUUGGGACCUAUCCUGACCUCCGGUCACAAGCAAGAAGAUUCUUGGAUGGCAGAUUUACGGCAGGCACGGCGAAAGACAUAAAUGAGCUGCAUGACAAGUGGAUCCCAGAAGAUGAGAUAAGACGGGUACAAGGAGUGGAGAUGUUGGAUGAAGUGGAGGAAUGGAAGCUACUUGGUGCUCAGUAUUGCAUAUCAUGGGGCUACAAAGAAAAGGAUGCCGGCGUUAACACCUGGGCUGGAUGGAGAGGACUUGAAGACAAGUGA